GGCCGGGUAAUCGACCAGAUCACUUAACCAAGUUUUCAGAACGCAAGGAGGGAGGGAGGGAGAGAAAGAGAUGGAGAACGAGGAGAGGAUUCUAGAGAGAGAGAGGCUUCAGAUGGAGCAGAUUCGGGAGCUCGACUUCGAGGAGCUGCAAGUUGAGGAAGUCGAUGAUUUUCUAGAUUCCGACGACGACGACGAAGACGAUGAUGAUCUCGCCGCAUUUCGCGCCAUCUCCCACGCUCGUCUCUCUGAUAAUAUAGAUGGUGAUGAUGAUGUUCAUAUUUUCAACCCAGAUGUCGCCUCUUUACAUACCUAUCUUGGCGAGGUUGAGGAGACUCCAAACAGAAGUGCUUUUGUGGAUGGAGGCACUGUUUUGAAGAUCCCUCUUUUCUAUCUCGAAGGAGUGGUUCUAUUUCCGGAGUCCACGCUUCCCCUUAGGAUUGCCCAGUCCAGUUUCUUGGCUGCUAUUCACAGAGUUUUGAACCAACCUAACGCUCCUUCUACCAUUGGUGUUAUUCGUGUUUACAGAGAAGGUAAUCAGUUCAAGUAUGCCACUGUUGGGACAACCGCAGAGAUACGACAAUACCGUCGACUUAGUGAUGGCUCCUUCAAUGUUAUUACUCGUGGACAGCAGCGGUUUCUUUUAAAGCGUCGCUGGACUGAUGUUGAAGGAUUCCCUUGCGGAGAGGUUCAUAUUGUUGAGGAAGAUGUACCCUUGAGAACUCCCAGGGAUGCUUUUGGGAAGCUGGUACCAAUAAGCAACUUGAGAGCUCCCAGUCACUCGAGUACAAUGCCUUUAUCUGCAUCUUUUAGAGACACGGACGAAAUGUCAGUAGCAAAUUCUGAAGAGAGUUUUGAAAGUGCGCUGUCUCCGUCAGAAAAAAGGCUUCAUUAUUCAGCAGUUGACUCAAUAAUGGAUGACUGGACAAGUAGUGAUGAUGACCAAGUAGUCAGUACAUCUAAUAUCCAGUCUAGUGGGUCUAACCCAUUCAGCUCUACGUCCGUUGGAUCCUUAGCUUCUCGCCAAGACGAGCAAUCUGCUGAUGGCAAAACUCCUGUUUCGAAAGGGAAAUGUCAAAAGCAAAAUAGGCUUACGAGUUUCCGGAAAAAUACUGAUCUAAACCGGUUCCGUAUGGCCCCAAGAGCAUUUUGGCCAUUCUGGGUGUACCGGAUGUACGACUCAUAUUAUCUUGCUCAACGAGCAGCUGAUAUGUGGAAGCAGAUAGUUGGGGUUCCAAACAUGGAGGCAAUAGUGAAUAAGCCAGAUAUUUUAUCCUUUUUCAUUGCUAGUAAAAUUCCUGUCUCUGAGUCAAUUAGACAAGAGCUCUUGGAGAUUGACGGAGUCUCUUACAGAUUGCAGAGAGAAAUAGAAUUGCUUGAGAGUUUUGAUCGUGUUCGAUGUAAACACUGUCAGAGAGUCAUAGCAAGAAGAAGUGACAUGUUGGUUAUGUCUAGUGAUGGUCCUCUAGGUGCCUACGUAAACCCACAUGGCUAUGUGCAUGAGAUAAUGACGUUUUACAAAGCAAAUGACAUAGCGAUUCGCGGUAGAGCUGUUAAAGAAGACAGCUGGUUUCCUGGGUAUGCAUGGACGAUCGCAAAUUGUGCAACGUGUGAAACCCAGCUGGGUUGGCUUUUCACAGCAACAAGCAAGAAGUUGAAGCCAUCGUCUUUCUGGGCAGUUCGUAGCUCACAGGUCGCAGAUGACAUGCGCUGAAAAGAUAGUAUUACAACAGGUCUCACUCACGGAUCAAUUCCCGCCGAGUGAAAUACAUAAAAUAAAAGGGGUUUCUUUCUACCUUAAACUUCUCCAACCGGCAUCUUUAGUAUCCUUUAUGCUUAUGAAAUAUCACAAAAUAGUUUGUGAAAGCAGAAGCGGACUAGAGUCUGAAGUAGUAACAACAGCUUGUGAGGUUGAUGUCUUUUUUCAUCAAUACAUUAUAUAUACACAUGAAAACAAGAUGUGUCUGUGAAGAAACCUACUUAGGCUAUGAGUAUAAUGAUAUUGUUAGGAUUAAUCCUUCGUUUUCA